GCACAGGGUGGACCCCAGGUGGGCACAGUUGUUCUGAGACUUCACAUGUGCUCUGUGAGGACACUCACUUUCUGUCUCGUGGCUUUACAGAACACCCAGGACAUGGUCUGGGGUCCUGUUUCUCUAGGGUGAGUCGAGUUGGAGGAGAAAUUCUGGAAUGAGCCUAGUAGGAGGAUGUGGAGAGCUUUUGCACCCCUCCUUCUCCCACAGCAGGUGGAGAUUGCCUUGGAGAAAUAGCAAUUCCUCCCUCUCUUUCUCCUCCCGCCCCAACCCUGGAGCCGGAGAAGCAUGCAGGGAUAGCGCGCACCCGAGCUAGCUAGGAGCCAGUAGGCUGUGUCACACAGUGUUUUGACAGCGCUCCGCCCCGCCCCCCGGCCCGCCUGCCGCGUGUUUCCUUCUGGUCCCCAGCACCCCUCCUCUGCGUCAUCUCUCCCGCAUUCUGGUCCUCAACUCUCCAUGGAGCAGCUGCUGCGCGCCCAGCUUCACACCAAGACACUGCGGGCCUUUGGAAGCUCCGGAGGGGGCUGCAUCAGCGAGGGUUAUGCCUACUACACUGACACUGGCCCCGUGUUUGUCAAGGUCAACCGCAGGGCGCAGGCCCGACAGAUGUUUGAGGGAGAGAUGGCGAGCCUGGAGGCCCUCCGCAACACUGGCCUGGUGAGAGUACCUAAGCCCAUGAAGGUGAUUGACCUGCCAGGAGGUGGGGCUGUUUUUGUGAUGGAGCAUUUGAAGAUGAAGAGCCUUGGCAGUCAGGCAUCAAAGCUUGGAGAACAGAUGGCAGAUUUGCACCUUUACAACCAGAAACUCAGGGAGAAGUCCAAGGCUCAGCAGAACACAGUGGGCUGUGGGGCGGAGGAUGCUGAGCCCCGGGGUGUGACCAAGUUCGGCUUUCACACAGUGACGUGCUGUGGCUUCAUCCCACAGGUACCCAUACAUCCAUGGCACACUCUCACAGAGAUGCACAUGCAUAAUUUAAAAACAAUCUUGAAGGGGUUGGGGAUUUAGCUCAGCGGUAGAGUGCUUGCCUAGCGAGCGCAAGGCCCUGGGUUCGGUCCCCAGCUCCGAAAAAAAGAAAAAAGAAAAAAAAAAACAAUCUUGAAAACAACAAUAAAAAAGAAAAAUUGCCCCACGCUUCCAAAGAGGUUGUACCAGUUAAAUUACCAUGAACUGAUAUAAGAGUUCCAGUUUUCCCCACUCUGAUGUAUACUGGAUGUUUCCUGAAGUUGUUUGUUUUUAGUUGAAGCCAUCACAGCUGGAGAAAAGUAUUCACUCUGAGAUUCCAUUUUGUAUUCCCGUCAUGACAGAUGAUUCAUAAAUGCACACUUGCUAACUGUAUGUCCCCCCCCUCUUUUUUUCCCCUUUUGAGACAGGGUCUCACUAUAUAAUCCUGCCUGGCUUGGAACUUGAGUUGUAGACCAGGCUGGCUUCGAGCUUGCUAUGAUCCUCCUACCUCUCUGCCUCUGCCUCCCAAAUGCUGAGAUUAUAGGGGUAUAUUACCAUGCCUGGCUAAAGCCUAUUACUGCUGCUGCUGCUGCUGCUACUACUACUACUACUACUACUACUACUACUACUACUUCUUCUUCUUCUUCUUCUUCUUCUUCUUCUUCUUUUUCUUCUUCUUCUUCUUCUUCUUCUUCUUCUUCUUCUUCUUCUUCUUCUUAUUAUUAUUAUUAUCAUCAUCAUCAUUAUUAUUAUUAACAACAGGAUUUCACUGUGCAGCCUUGGCUGUUCUGGAACUUGCUCUGUAGAUCAGGCUGGCCUCAAACUCAUAGAUAUCUGCCUGCCUCUGCCUCCUGAGUGCUGGGAUUAAAGGUGCGUGCCACCAUCUCCUGGCCAAUUACUAUUUUUUAAAAAUUGAGCCUGAUAUGUUGUAUACCUGUAACCCCAGAAGUUUGGAGGUAGAGGAAGAAAUAUUGGAAAUCCGUAGGUAUCCUUGGCUACAUAGUGAGUUCAAGGUUGAGUCCUUGUCUCAAAAAAGUUCUCUUUUUAGUGUCUGGGGAGAUGGUUCAGUUGAUCAAUUACUUGUCAUAAAAGCAUAAAAAUGCUGGCCACAGUGUUUUGUCCCUGUAAUCCCAGAUCCAUGGGGGCCUUGUUGUCCAGUGAAUGUAGCCAAACCUUGUCUCACAGAAGAAUAAGGUGGGAAUCAGUAGAGGAAGGUAAAGGACGUGAAUCUUCCUUUUCCACAUGUGCACACAUGCAUGUACAGUUGUGUGCACAUGUUUACAUACAUAUGCAUACACACAAUAGAGAGCAACUGAGGAGGAUUUUACAUCAGUCUCUGGCCUUCGUGCAAGACUUCAUACACACACACACACACACACACACACACACACACACACACUCAAAACUACUCCCCUUCCCUCCAUUGUGGGUAUGAUACUCAGCACCCGUGCAUGCUUAGCUGUCAAAGGUUUGGCCUCACAGAGUUAACCAAGGCAGGCGGUGAAAAGGGGUAUGGCAAAUUGUGGACAUGCUGAUAGCAGCCAACAAUUCCCCAUCCCCUGUUGAUAGAGGCGGGUGAUUUGCUGGUUCAGUGCUACCGGUGAAACAAAACUUAACUAUCUGGGGCUGGCAAGAAUGCUCAGGGAGAAACUAUGAAUUCUUUUAACUCCUAAGUGUGCAUACAUAUAGACAGACAGGUAAACAUUUAUAUAUUUGAUGGAUGGGGCAGAGCCCCAGCAGCCACAUUUUUUUUUUUUUGGUUCUUUUUUUCGGAGCUGGGGACCGAACCCAGGGCCUUGCGCUUCCUAGGCAAGCGCUCUACCACUGAGCUAAAUCCCCAACCCCCAGCAGCCACAUUUUAUAUCGUUUCUCUGGCAGUUCACACCUUCUUAGGCAAAAGUUCUUUAUAAAGUUACCUUAUAGAUAAAAUGUUACACAAAAGGGAAGUUACAGAAGGAUGUUAAUAGUAAGUUUAAAACAAUGUUUCAUUCUAUAAGUUCAUUAUAAGUUCAAAGCAACAGUCUCACUGGCCUUGUUUUAUCAUAGUGUACACCUGUGGCCUCAUCCUUGGACCCUAGAAUGAAAGUUUUUCCUUGAUCACAAAUCUGUCCCAAGCCUAUUUUUCUUCUUAGUGCAAUUUAUGAAAGCUCAUUGUUUUUCUUAUUAUGCAACCUUUGCUUGCUAUUCUAUGAGAAGUGUGCACAUUCUAUUCUUCAUUCUAACUUUAUUAUAUCUUUCUGGAAAAACAACUAAAACAAUCUCCUUAAACAUUCCUCUUAAAAUUAUUUGAAUCCAAUCAAAAUGCUAUAAAGUAAUUAAUUCAGUUAAACAGAAUUAAUUCAUGAAAGUUCAUCUUCAUGUUGAUUUGCAAGAAAUUUGCCCAACAGGGUGGGCUGAUGCCCAGGAACCAUUAGGCCAUGUAAUAGAGCCAGGAAAGGCAUAUCAGCAGAGAGAAGCAAUCCUGGGGUGAAGUCUCAGGGGCUGUACCUCUCCAGAGUGCACUUAUCACAGUCAUGCAUAACGGUGGGACAUCCCAGUAAACUCCUUUCCUUGCUGUAGACUUUCCUAAAUGGCGCCUGUCACUUAGCAACUCUAUUGUGCUUAGCAACUAAUCCACAUCUGAGUCACAUCCCCAUUCCAAAAAAAAAAAAAAAAAAAAAAAGAAAAAGAU